AUGGACUGCAUCAGCGGCCUCCCCGACGAGCUCCUCCACGACAUCCUCCUCCGCCUCAACUCCACUCGAGCCGCCGGGCGCACCAGCGUCCUCUCCCGCCGCUGGCGCAACGUCUGGGCCACGCUGCCGCAGCUCGUCUUCGACGGCGACGGGUACGGGACCGGUUCCGACAGCGCCGCGCCGCCGGCGGCCUCGUUCCUGGAUUCCGUCGACGGCGCCCUCCGCGCCUACUCCGCGCCGACCAUCGACGUGCUCGACAUCUCCCAGCCCUCCGGCUGCCCCGCCUUCCCGGCCCGCCGCGUGGGAUCAUGGCUCCGCUUCGCCUCGCGGCGCAUGGCCCGCACGCUUAGUCUCGACGUGCCCUGGUCAUCAAGCACGCCGGGAAAUCCUCGAAAGGCGGAGGUGCUCGUGCUCCCCACCAUUGAUGGAGCGCAAUAUAUCUGGCUCUCCCUCGGGAAAAGAUGGCUCCGGAUCCGGCCGGCCGGCGUGUUCGUGGCCCUGACAGACCUGACGAUAGGCGGCGCCACCAUGGAAGGCCGCGUGCUGGAAGCCCUCGUGUGCUCGCAGUGCCCGCGCCUGCGCGACCUGAGGCUUCUUCAAGUCACGUUGGCUCCCGAGUCUGACAUCUCCCUGCGCUCCGACUCGCUCGAAACCCUGAGUUUCUGGGUCGUUUUCCCCAACCGCCACCGGCUAGAGAUCGUUGCCCCCAAGAUGGAGCAACUGUGUGUGUGUCAGCUUUACUCCUCUGGGGCUCGUAUCUCUGCCCCGAAGCUUGCCGAGCUAGUUUGGGAGGGCUAUCCUGACUUCUUUGGCUCUGACAUCCAGUUUGUUGAUGCUAGCCGUCACCUCCGGGUGCUUGAGGUCAGCGAGAUCUCAGGGUCCCUGAUGCAGCGAUUCGAUAAAGUUGACGAGCUGAGACUAGAGGAUGUCAACAUUUCAAGGGUGCGUUAG